GGAAGGGCUGGAGAGAGAGAGAGAGACUCCCCGUUCGGGUGAUUGACAGGAGAGUCCGUCCCGGGGAGCGCUCAGCCGCUUGUGUCGGUGAAGCCAGGCCGGUUGAGAGGAUGCAGGCUGCGGGAGAGGCUGGGGCUGCUACCCAGCGGACUCUGUCUGUGCACAACUUCAGCGAGAAGCUGUCGGAGCAGAUGGUGCAUUUUCAUGUCCUCCGCAUGAAGGACAGCUUUUUCUUAUGGGUAGGGAGCACCCCUACCCUCUCCAACCUUGCUGUAGCCAUGUGCACCAAGUUUGACCCAAUGCCAGUGUCCACGUUAAUCCUUGGAGAUUCCUCUGAUACGACUCCAAACUCUGUGGCACAAAGACUAGAUGAAGAACUUCUGGAUUUGGAAUGUGCUCUUGAAGGAGCCUUGCGAAGAAGACAGGAAAACAGGUUUUCAUCAGCUACAAUCUGCCCAGCACCAACACCAGCCUCUCACUGCAGGUGGAAAACCGAAUCAAAGAAGAAAUGAAAACUCAUCCAGACAAGUUUUAGUCGUCCAUUUAUUUUUUUUUUAAGGAAUUUUAGGUUGAUUUGUUUAAUAAAAUGUUAUAAAUGCCA